AUGGCGUUAUCAUUUCCUAAAGGACAGACACUUGUCCGUGAAGAAGGACGGACGAUGUGUGGACAUCACAGAAGGACCACUUUGAACUUUUUCUGUGAGAAAUGUUCGGAGGUUAUAUGUGCAAAUUGUAUUUCCACUUUACACAAGGGUCAUGAUAUUGUACAGCUGAGUGAGGUUACUCAAGGUAACAAAAAUAAAAUCAAAACAUUCAUCAAUGAAAUGGAGAAAAAGGAUUUGAUUCAAAUUCAGUCGGAAAUCGAGUCAGUUCAGGGUGAUUUGAAGAAAUACUUGCACCAUUUCGAAAGUGUAGAGAAAGAAGUUGAAGACCAAGGAAAGAGGCUGAAACAAGACGUUGACAUUUCAAUAGCUCAAACACUUUCUGAAUUGAAACAUUUUAGAGAUGAAAAUACCAAACUCAUCACAGAUUAUAUGGAAGAAUUAGAAACAAAACUUGGAGAACUAAAAGAGUAUGUGGAACAAUGUAAACUGUCUCUUCAGACUGGAACAGAUAUCCAAGUGCUUGACAUCACUUAUAGACUCCCUACAAUGACCCGCUUACCAACAAAACCUGUUUUUGGUACCGCUAAAUUUGUACCUGACGAAAAUCUCUCUCUAAAAGCUGAAUUGGGAAAAAUGACCUUGACCUCAUAUCCUCAAGAAAUUCCCGAUGAAGAGUCACUUGAAUCAAGAAGCAUACACUCAUUUCAAAGUACAGAAGAACCAACAUUACCAGUUGAGGACUUGCAUAUCGAGCCUGAGUGUAUGACGUCACAAGUCGACGUUGUUUCAGAAUGGGAGCCGCCGUGUAACAUCAGUUCUAUCUGUCCCUCUGUUGGUGGGGCGUGGACUUGUGGAAUUUCCAGUAAUAUUAUCACAGACCUAACAAAUCAAGGAGAGAUAUUUCAAUAUAUACAGAGUCGUGUUCGUGUAACUGCUAUAUGUGUAUCGCCUACCACACGUAAUCUGUGGGCAUGCUCUAACAAAGAUAACAGUGUCAUGGAGUUGACAUCAGAUAAUUGUCUGACUCGCAGAUUCAGCACCAAAAACACACCCUUAUGUCUUACAGUUACUACAGACAAUCAUAUCCUUGUGGGGUCAAAAAACCGGAUCACUGGGUACACAUGCACCGGGGAACAAAGCUAUGCCACGAAAACAUCUCUGUUUGGCAGAGAAAAAGUGUGUUCGCCCUGGAGGAUGUCACAGUGUCCAGUAAGUAACAACGUCGCCGUUGUGGACGGGGAUUGGUCCGAUGAUGGUGGGAAGGACAAACCACUAGUUAGAGUGAUGAACAACAAGCUGCAGGAGAUGCACCGAUAUGGACGAUCGCAUCACAUCGGCAGGCAGGGGUUAUAUCCUUUUGACCCUUAUGACUUGACCUACGAUUCUUUUGGCCAACUGGUGAUUGCUGACUACAACAAUACAUGUAUCCAUCUUUUGAAUGGCGAAGGUAUAUACCUGCGUUUGUUGUAUACCGCCAAUAACAGACCACAAACUUUAUGCGUAGACGGAGGACUUCUUUGGGUAGGGCUGGGUGAUGAUACAAUUGUCACCAAAGAAGUAAAGCUACUACAGUAUAGAAGAGAAUGA